AUGGCGCUGCGUGUCUCACAUUUGACGUGUGCGUCAGCACCAAUACCUUCGGACAAUGCCAUAGGACCGUUGUGGUGUCUCGAACGGAAUCUCUCAGGGCAGCCGACUCUUCUGCGGGUUCUGAUUGAGAGUUGCACGGACAAGGUCAACUCCUGCUACCUCAAAGGUGGCGAGCGGAUUCACCCCGACUUUCAAGUCCUCCAGAAGGCGAAAUGCAAGGGCGACUUGCCGGGGUUGAUGUCAAUCCGAGAGGACAUCAUCAAGGACAAGCGCAAGUUCUGGGAGCAGCGAAAGAAAGAGCUGGAAGACAGGCGGCUGAAAAAACAGAGUGCCGACGAUGCAGUUGAAGAAGUCAUAACACGGAAAGACUUGAAGAAGAUGGCGAAAAAGGCGAAAGCGAAGAGCCGAAUCACCCAAGGGUUGCGGAACGAGAAGGGGGCGUCAGAUGGUUUCGCAGCGGCUCCAGCUUCGAAGCUCGGCUCGCCGGAUGACGGAGAACGCGAGGAAGGCGGCAGCGAUGAAAACGACGACUUCCUUCACGGCGCCACAGUGGACCGGCAGAAAACAGAGUUGAGCCCGGGCGAGUGGCGAAUUAUUCACCAAGGAAAAGUCGACUUAUCGGAACUCUUCGGACACCACUCGACGCUGCCUAUGGAAAAGCCCGUCCCUGAGAACCUACGCGUCGAAAUUCACCUCGGAGCUUCAGUACUUUCGAGUACGGACAUCGACGUCGCUAUUUCCGAGAAUAACAAGGUGCUAACCAUUGCUCGGAAAGGCGAUCCCUAUGCCCCCCAUACCGUGCCUCUGCCUCAUGCAGUCGACUUCGCCCAGGGUCGCGCUCAGUUCUUUUGCGAAAGCCACCGCCUUCACCUUGUUCUGCCUGUUCUGAAAUCGGGCCUUCUCGGGUCGGCCAACUCUUUAAAAGAUUGCAAAGUCGACACAGGAUCGGCCGAGGACGCGCAGCCCCCCUUGGAGCGCCGAGAGCCCCUCGAAACCGCGGAACCCAUUCGGCAAGACGAGAAUAAGUCGAUUGGGCAGGAUCAUGUUCUCGGCAAACGCAGCGCCGUUGAAGCUGGCCAAGCCGACGCUUUGGCAGCCGCAAAAGAAGACGCCGGCGCGGGAGAGUUCGUCGCCAGUGGAAGCAGCGCAGCCUUUGAAUGGAACGGAGAAGAUCCAAAAGAGGAUCAGCUGGACGGCUCUGACGCGCGCCUUCCGCCUCUCCUAGAGAGGCAAAACUCCCAAGACAGCGCAGAGAAGCGACGCCACGACCCGAAGAGGGUCACGACUCCUCUGAAGCUCUCUAGGACUCCCGGAGAGGUACUCGCCCGUGGCGAAGCGGCUGCCAGCCAGGCUGUUCCGAUUCGCUUCGCAGGAGAAGAGGCGACAGCCGCCUCACGAGACCUGAGCGCGGCGAGGGUCAGUCUGGGGAGUCUUGAGAGAGGAGAGACCAGACCGGCUCCGAGAGAUGGCGGAUUUCUCGAGGUGACUGAGCCGGAAUUUCAUCACAUCGCUCGGAGUGUCUCGUCAGAGUCGUCGGCGGAACCCGAGCAGGAAACUUCCAAGACCUCAGAAGCUUCACUCGAUUCUCCCCCAGAUGCCACGAACUCCGGCAUCGCCGAGAUAAUCGUUCAUACAGGGAAUGCAGCGUCGCUGCGACAUGACGCCUGCAAAGAAAAAAGAUGCGACACGGAAACGCAUGCACCUUCUCCCGAGAAACUAGAGUUUGCAAGUCCAUUUUUAAUUAGGGAGGAGAAGCCCGAGGUAGACGACGGCGCUGACGCUGACGACUUUUUGCAUCACCCUUUCGUCGAGUGCGUCGACGAUUCAACUGUCCUGUCGGAUAGCGAAGCGCGAGGGGAAGGGAAGAAGCAAUCCCUUCCUGGCCCAUCUUGCGAAGCGAGGGGGGAGCAAGCGAGUCGCGAGCAUCCACUGAACGAGGGGACUCAACAGGCAGGAGAGCCGCAUGAACUGGAGGCCCCCGAGAUUGUGGAAACGAAACAAAAUCUCCUUUUACUGUUUUCUCUCCCUGCGGCAUUCGCGCCCUUUGAGCAUCAGGACAACACGGUUCAAGUGACAGACUCUCGCACGGUAAGUUCCGUUUCCAGCUUUUUCGAGAGAAACCAAGUCUCAAACGGUCUCGACGCAUUGCUCGGCACCCUGCGUCCGCGACAGCUCCGUCCCCAGCCGUCCCUACGCUUGGCCACAAAGCCUCGGGCCCUCUGA